UUUGGCAUCCCCAUGCUAUGGAUACAAGCUUGCUGACAGAAUUAUGUGUCUACACGUGGGGAACCAACAGCUAUUGGCAGUUAGGACAGGGGCAUGUUGAAGACCUGUCAGUGCCCAGGCUCGCUGAUGGAGCCCUACAGAUGGGACCGGUGCGCCAACUCAGUGGAGGUGGUGGGCAUUCGGCUGUGGUAUCUGAGAAAGGAGAGCUGCUGGUGUGUGGCCAGAACCACAGAGGUCAGCUGGGACUGGGUCACUGUUUAGAGGUCACCACCUUUCAACUCUGUCCUCUCAUUGGUCAGAGGGUUGCACACGUGUCCUGUGGUUGGGAUUUCACCCUCGUCCUCACUGAUCAUGGCCAGGUACUGACGUGUGGAUCUAAUGCAUACGGCCAGUUGGGUGUCUCAGAGCCAAUCCCUCAUUCUGUGGUGCUGUUGCCCAUUCAGUCUGUAAGGGAGCCAGUGAUCAGAGUGGCAGCAGGACUCAGACAUUCACUAACUGUCACUGCUACAGGUAGUGUUUACCAGUGGGGUAUGGGUCUCUCUGGCCAGGCUAAGAGAGCUCUGAGUCCACAGCCUGUCCCAGAACACUUCACCUCCAAGGUACCUUGUCUGGUCCCAGGUCUGGAACAGGUGAUUUCACACAGUGUUGCUGCAGGCUCCGCCCACUCUGUGAGCCUUACUGCUGAGGGAGAUGUGUUCCUCUGGGGCAGUAAUAAGCACGGCCAGCUGACCAGUAGCAGUACAGACUCCUUCCUACCCAGACCGGUCCUCCUAGACCGCUCACCACUGGGUGGAGAGAAGGUUACCCACGUUCACAGUGGCUGGACACACCUGGUGGUCCAAACAGAGAGCGGCCGUGUCUUCACUUGGGGCAGAGGCAAUUAUGGACAGCUGGGGAGGACAGAACUGACCAAUCAGAGUACAGAUCAGCAGUCAAGUAGUGCAUUGAGAGGAGCUGCCAGCCAAUGGACAUGUGUCCCUGCAGAAGUCAAGAUCCUCUGUGGAGCCUCACAGAUUGCCUGUGGAUCUGAACAUAACCUUGCCAUCGUAGGGGGUCGCCUGCUCUCUUGGGGGUGGAACGAACAUGGGAUGUGUGGGGACGGUUCCGAGACAGAUGUCAGCGAACCACAGCCCAUUCCUGCCCUCCGGCCUCUUGUGAUUGGCUGUGGCGCUGGCCACUCUAUGGCACUGUGUGCUGUGAGGACAGGUGAAGAGGAGUCUACAGAGACAUGGAGAUAGAACAAGCUACACUAUAGUUUGAAACUAGCAUGUUUGAGCUAACUUAUCAGGACUGUACCUGGGUAAGAUCGCGGACCGCUUGUGCCGCUGAUUUGAAGCUCAAUGUCUAUUGUUUUAUCUCUAUGGCAGAGGACACCCGGCUCACUGUGGGCGUGAGAGUAACAUGAUAGGGUAUGAAUCAUGAUCACCCAGUCUAUGGGGAAUGAGCCUCAGGGGAAGAUCUGGGAGGAGGACAUUCUGAAGGGUGUAAAGUAUGUGGGUGUGUCUGUCUGAGCAAAAUAGCCAAACCCCGUUAUGAUUGCUUUGUUAUUGGCCAAGGUAAAGGCACGUGUAAGUUCAGUAAUGACCGGUACAUUCUAACUGCCUUCGUAAUGUCUUUUUUAUUUCCAUCUAUUGACACAUGAACCUUUUCUGUUCCAAGAGGCCAUAACUCACAAAGCCUGUCAGAGUAGGAGGGGCAGAUCUAGGAUCAAUUCUAUUUCUAUUCUAAUCCAUUCAGAAUGUAAACCACAUUUCCAAAUGUUCCUAACUGAAAAUCAUUGAAUUUAAAUUGAAAUUUUAAUGCACAUCCUGAAUUGACUGGAAUUAAACAUUGGAAUUGAUCCUAAAACCUACAGUUGAUGUAAUCGUAUUCUUGUAGUCAUUUUAAAAGACGAAACCCAUCCUAAACCGAUCAGCACACACUUGAUACAUACGGCCCCAGAUCUGUAUUCAAACUGUAAGACGGCAAAAUAAAUAUUGUUUCUGUUUCUGGCGUUAGAGACGGGUGAGUUAUGUGUGAUCAUUCAGAGGCUGUCAUUCCUCGAGCCCAGUCCAGAUAUGAUUGAGGGUCAGGGAGAUGGAUACACAAGGGUUUUUCUAUAUAUUUUUUUACAUCAAAACUAUGAAAUAACACAUUGUAGUUCCAUCUCUCCAAGUCUGUCACUGGCCCCCUUUUUUUAUUGCAGUGAUCUUGACUGACAGAAAGCACUCAAAUCUCCUGGACUCCCUCACUCACCUCUGUGUCCCAAAUGGCGCCCCUAAUUCCCUUUUGUAGGGCACAUGUCUCAUAGGGCUCUGGUCAAAAAGAGUGUACUUUUUAAGGAAUAGGGUUCAGGUCAAAAGUAGUGCACUAUAUAGAGGGAAUAGGGUUCUAUGGGGUUCUGGUCAAAAAUAGUGCACUAUAUAGAGAAUAGGGUUCUAUAGGGCUCUGGUCUAAAGUAGUGCACUAUAUAGGGAAUAGGGUUCUAUAGGGCUCUGGUCUAAAGUAGUGCACUAUAUAGAGGGAAUAGGGUUCUAUAGGGCUCUGGUCUAAAGUAGUGCACUAUAUAGGGAAUAGGGUUCUAUAGGACUCUGGUCUAAAGUAGUGCACUAUAUAGGGAAUAGGGUUCUAUAGGGCUCUGGUCUAAAGUAGUGCACUAUAUAGGGAAUAGGGUUCUAUAGGGCUCUGCUCUAAAGUAGUGCAUUAUAUAGGGAAUAGGGUUCUAUAGGGCUCUGGUCUAAAGUAGUGCACUAUAUAGGGAGUAGGGUUCUAUAGGGCUCUGGUCUAAAGUAGUGCACUAUAUAGGGAAUAGGGUUCUAUAGGGCUCUGGUCUAAAGUAGUGCACUAUAUAGGGAGUAGGGUGCCAUUUGGGACACAUCUCAGGCUAUGCUGUUAUACAGUAUCCGCUGGCCCCGUAGAAUGCUAUGUGUGUACCAGUCCCAUUUAAAGGUUAUAGGGGUCAUAUUUGUCAUAAUUACUGAUGUUAAAGAGGUGAUAUAAGGAUGACCGUUACAUGUCUUCACUGUAUGUUAUGGGGUUAUGUUUACAUUGAAAUACUGCAGGUGUUCUGUCAAAUCCUGUCUUGUUUCCAAUUUGAAUGGCCCUUAACACCUCUGAUGGUGUCUGUCUGUCUGUCUGUCUGUCUGUCUGUCUGUCUGUCUGUCUGUCUCUGUCUGUCUCUGUCUGUCUCUGUCUGUCUGUCUGUCUGUCUGUCUGUCUGUCUGUCUGUCUGUCUGUCUGUCUGUCUGUCUGUGUCUGUUUGUCUGUCUGUCUGUCUGUGUGUCUUCUGAUAAGCGAUCGUACAGUUUGCAGAAUAUAUUACAAUGUCGUGUAUGUUUAUCUAUGCAAAGAAAUAUAUGAUAUGGGAUUGGGCGGCAGCCUGAAAACAUUAAUCUCACUGAAAUAUGAAAUUGUGAUGAAAAAAUGAAUAUAAAAAAGACGACAUAAAAUGUAGAUAGACCAAUGAAUUACUAUCUUUGACUUUCUUCAAAAAAUAAAUCAACACUCAUUGAAAAAUAA